AUGACAGACUCCGCAAAUAAAAGAACAUAUUACAAGCGGGUCCUCCCAUCCCCACCAGCGAUAUCGUUUUCUUCUGCCGAAGGGCGCCAGAUAUUUUCCGAAGCCCUGCCGCAUGGCACCAUGGUUGGCUUCUUCAAGCUCAUCGAGCAAUUCACCACCCAGGAGGAGCCGCAAUACUGCGGUCUCGCGGCGCUGUCCAUGACGCUCAACGCCUUGGGGAUUGACCCUCGCCGCACAUGGAAGGGCGCCUGGCGCUGGUUCUCCGAAACCAUGUUGGACUGCUGCAAGUCCAUGGAGGAGGUCAAGAAGGAAGGAAUUACCCUCAGCCAGGCUGCCUGUUUGGCCCGCUGCAACGGUGCUGACGUGUCCCUUCACCGACAUGGCAGCUUUGACGGGGCCACCUUCAGGCGGCUGCUGAGGGAGGCGUGUGCCAGCGAGGACCGCCACAUGGUGGUGUCGUACAGCCGUAAGGCCUUCAAGCAGAGCGGUGACGGGCACUUCAGCCCUAUCGGCGGUUAUCAUCCUGACCGGGACGUGGUGCUGUUGUUGGACGUGGCCCGGUUCAAGUACUGCCCGCACUGGGUGGCGGUGGAUGAGCUGCUGGGGGCCAUGGGACUGCUCGACCCGGUUACCGGUAUGUGGGGGGAUGGGGACGGGUGGGGGAAGGGGGAAGGGGCGGCUACGUACUGGUUCCGGCGCCGGUUGUGCAGCUAA